CACACGGUAUGCUGGGACACCCCGCAGUCAGCCACAUGGCUCCCCUGUGCCCCAGCCCCUGGCUCCCUCUGCUGAUUCCCGCCCCUGCCUCAGGCCUUACUGUGAAAUUGCUGCUGUCACUGCUGCUCCUGGUGCCUGUCCGUCCCCAGAGCAUGCUCCAGAUGCAGGGGGAUUUCUCCAUCGGAGGAGGUUCAUCUGGAGAAGACGACCCACUGGGUAAGGAGGAUCUGCCCAGUGAAGAGGAUCCCCCUGGAGAGGAGGAUCCACUUGGAGAUGAGGAUCCACUUGAAGAGGAAGAUCCACCUGAAGUUAAGCCUGAACCAGGAGAAGAAGACUCUCUGAAGUUAGAGGAUCUACCUACUAUUGAGGUUCCCAGAGAUACUCAAGGCCCCCAGAAUAAUGCCCAAAGGGACAAGAAAGGCGAUGACCACAGUCAUUGGCGCUAUGGAGGAGACCCGCCCUGGCCCCAGGUGUCCCCAGCCUGCGCAGGCCGCUUUCAGUCCCCGGUAGAUAUUUGCCCCCAGCUCGCCGUGGCGUGCCCCGCCCUGCGACCCCUGGAACUCCUGGGUUUCGAGCUCCCGCCACUCCCAGAACUGCGCCUGCGCAACAAUGGCCACACUGUGCAGCUGACUCUGCCUCCCGGGCUACAGAUGGCCCUGGGUCCUGGGCAGGAGUACAGGGCCUUGCAGCUGCAUCUGCACUGGGGGGCUCCAGGGCGCCCAGGCUCAGAGCACACCGUUGACGGCCGCCACUUCCCUGCCGAGAUCCAUGUGGUUCACCUCAGCACCGCAUUUACCAAAAUUGACGAGGCCUUGGGGCGCCCAGGAGGCCUAGCCGUGUUGGCCGCCUUUCUGCAGGAGGGCCCGGAAGAAAACGGUGCCUAUGAGCAGUUGCUGUCACAUUUGGAAGAAAUCGCUGAAGAAGGCUCAGAGACUUGGGUCCCAGGACUGGACAUAUCUGCACUGCUACCCUCUGACCUCAGCCGCUACUUCCGAUAUGAGGGGUCUCUGACCACACCUCCCUGUGCCCAGGGGGUCAUCUGGACUGUGUUCAACCAGACAGUGAAGCUGAGUGCUAAGCAGCUCCACAUGCUCUCUGGCUCCCUAUGGGGACCCAGUGACUCCCGGUUACAGAUGAACUUCCGAGCGACACAGCCUUUGAAUGGGCGAGUGAUUGAGGCCUCUUUCCCUGCUCAAGUGGACAGUAAUCCUCAGACCAUUGAGCCAGUCCACCUGAAUUCCUGCUUUGCUGCUGGUGACAUCCUGGCUCUGGUUUUUGGCCUCCUCUUUGCUGUCACCAUCAUCACCCUCUUUGUGCAGAUGAGAAGGCAGCACAGGUAUUAUACUGACUCCUCCCUCAAGCACGACCCCCCAGCCCCUGUGGAGUCCAGAACACCAAGUUUCGUGCACACUGCACACACAUUCUAGAAGCCACCUGCAUUCCUUGGUUCCUGACUCUUUCCAUGCAUCACUCCAGCCUCUUGCUCUCAUUGUCACAUCCCCUACUACUUACUGCCUUUGACCUUCUUGCCUCCCUCUUAUAAGAAUGCUUGUGACCACGCUGGGCCUGCCCAGAUAACCCAGGAUAAUCUCCCUACCACAAAGUUUUAGCUUAAUCACAAAGUCCCUUUCCUUUGUAAGAUGACAUUUCACAGGAUUAGAAUGUGGACAUUUUUGGAGGGAUAUCAUUCUGUUUACCACAAAUGUUAUCAGAAAGGGGAAAGAAAUGACUGAAAUUAUUGCAAUGGCUCUUUGUGUGUGCAGCUGCGUGUGUACGUGUAUGUGUUGGGAGUGGGGAAGACUACAGCCUGUAGACUUAAAACCACACAGAGGCUUCUGAGUUUUCACCCUGCUCAAGUAAAACCUGUGUCACGUCUUCUAUUUUUGCCUUCAGAAUGCACUGGAAUGAGGCAGUGUAGCGGAUGGCAGCUCCUUUGCCUUCCAGGGAGUUAGGGCUAGGAUGUCCCCCAGCCCCGUCGGUCUUGUCUGCUUCACAACGCCUGUCCACAAUCCCUCCGCAGUGAGCCCUGUGCU